CGACUAUUUUCCCUAAUAUGAAUAAUUUUGUGGCUCCUUACACCUAAAUAAUGUAUACUAAACGAUAUCACAAGAUAAUUUGGAAAGUAUAUAAGUGACUAAGUGGGCAAAUGAAAUAUUCACUUUAUGUUCAGUUUCAGAUAAGGAAUACCAUAACCCUCCGCCAUUAUAUUUUCAAUUUCGGAGUGUAGAAUUUCAUUUGUGACAGGGGAGUGUACAUUACACUUUUUAGAACUUGUGGAAAUAAGUUAAUAAAAACACCUAAUAAAGGCAUUCCAUAAAAACAAUUUUGUGUGCGGUUCGAGUAAUAUGAAGUGUGUGUAUUUAAAGCAUUACAUUCGUGGAACAAAUGAAGUGAAUAUCCUUUUGUUUUGUUAAUGCAAUUGUGAUAAAAACAAUAAUUUAUUGCCCUGAUCUUUGUGUAUAUUUUUUGUGAUAAGACUUCGACUUUGUUAUAAAUAACUAUGGAGGCCAUAGCCAAACACGAAUUUAACGCCACCGCCGAUGAUGAACUUAGUUUUAGGAAAGCACAAGUUUUAAAAAUCUUAAACAUGGAAGACGAUAUGAACUGGUACAGAGCCGAACUAGACGGAAGAGAAGGACUUAUUCCUAGUAAUUAUAUUGAAAUGAAACCCCACGAAUGGUACUAUGGGAGAAUCACUAGGGCUGACGCCGAAAAGCUAUUACUAAACAAACAUGAAGGGGCCUUCUUAAUCCGUAUUAGCGAAUCAAGUCCAGGGGACUUCUCCUUAUCGGUUAAAUGUUCGGAUGGCGUGCAACAUUUUAAAGUGCUUCGCGAUGCGCAGGGCAAAUUCUUUUUGUGGGUGGUGAAGUUUAACUCGCUUAAUGAACUCGUGGAAUACCAUAGGACAUCCUCGGUAUCACGAUCGCAGGACGUCAAGUUGCGCGAUAUGGUCGCAGAAGAGUAUCUGGUGCAAGCACUGUACGACUUCACUCCGCAGGAGGUGGGGGAAUUGGAAUUCAAACGGGGCGACGUCAUCACGGUCACAGACCGCACGGAUCAGCACUGGUGGCACGGGGAAAUAGGGCACCGCAAGGGUCUCUUCCCGGCCACCUACGUCACGCCUUAUCACACAUAAGUCCGCACUUGCAACACCAACAAAACUUUUACUCCACAUUUUUUAAAGGCAUUAAGUUCGAUCAUCACUUUUCGAAAAGUUACCUUAAAAAAAAGAAUUAAACAAAACGUGUGUGUGAUUUACAUUAACACUGAUUCCUUGGUGCAAAGUUGAAAUCGAACGAUGUUAAGGAUAAGGCGUAUACUUAGCAUCGAUCUUUAGUUCUGGUGGUUUUCGGUUUUUCUGGUGCAAAUAGGUGUAAUAAUGAAGGCGGGGAGUUUUUUCUAAGGCGUUUUGCGAAAAUCGGAGACAUAUAUUUUUUGAACCUCUUGGCUUUUAUGCGAGGAGCAGAAACACCUCCUCAAACACAUUACUUUCCCCUGCAAUUAGUAAAACAAUAAGAUAAUUUAGACAAAAAUUUGUAGGGUGUAUUAUGUAGAAGUUAUGUUGCUCGUAACGUAUUUUGUUUCCCAUUUUGAACAUAAUUUAUGGGUUAAUUAGGGAUUUUUUGUGGGAAAAAAAUAAACACUUGGUCAGUCUCGAAACAGGUAACGAAAGAUAGCUGCUAGUGAACUAUUCUAAUAAUACUAUAAUCAUAUUGUUGAACCCUGGGAAAGAUUGAUGGUAACGUUUAAAGUUUAUUAUUUAUAUUUGUAUGUGAUGUUUUUUAUUAUUCUCGUAUUUUAAUUAUUUUAUCUCUUAUAUGAUAGCGUCGCUCAUAUUUAAUAUUCACUUUAUAUGAUUUCAGCCACUGAUAGUGAUUUUGUUGAUUUAGUGGUUGCGUUAUAUACAUAUUCUAAAUUUAAUGUUUAAUUAGUGUAAGACCUUACUAUUUUUUUUAAUCCGCAUAUUGAAAUCGACACAUCUAAUUUUUAAACCGCUCGAAAGUUGGAUGUGUUCAUUGAGUACUUUUAGAGUUAUUUUUUAGUAACGUGCUUGUUCAUCUAUGCCUUCUGUUUGAAUAUUCGAUCAACGAAAAAGUUUACUGUAGUACGAAACAUGACAGGCUUUUGCCAAUCAAAAAAAAA